AUAAUUAAACAAAAUCGCUAGCAGACCCAACGACCAGCGGAUGGCAGCGGGGGAGGAGGCGGACACGGCCACAAAUUUACCUCAUAUCACCAACAUUUAGUCCCUCACAGAUGAGAUUAGUGAGCCAACAUGGGGGAUGGAGGACUGCUCUCACUUUCGUGGAAUAACCACAAGGCCACCUUCUGCCACAUUCUGUCAACUCUCCGGGAAAAGGAAAGAUACACAGAUGUGACGUUAGCGUGUGAAGGCAAGUUUUACCCGGUACACAAACUGGUGCUAUCAACAUGUAGUGAAUAUUUUGAGAGCAUGUUUGAGCACACCCCGUGUAAACACCCUAUCAUAGUGCUGAAAGAUCUAAAGAGUGAUGAGGUGGAGAGUCUGCUGAGUUACAUGUACGCUGGUGUGGUCAACGUGGCUCAGAAUGACCUGGCCCGGCUGAUCAAGGCUGCCGAGCUCCUCAAGGUGAAGGGGUUGGCGGUGCCCGACGAGCCUCCUCAAGAAGUGGAGAACAGAAAGAACUCACCGCGCAGCUCCAGGGACGACCGCUCCAGCCCGCACCCCAAGAGGAGGAGAAGAGACGACAGCGAGGGCACGGGUGGGGAGCAGCACGGCACCACCGCCAGCCCUCCCGCCUCACCAAGAACCUCCCCCUACCACACUGCCUCCGAGUUCCACCAGGAUAACUCAAGGACACACAAUGAGGGACACACUAGUGAACACAGAACUGAGAAAAGCAUAGACAGAUUAGAGCACGAUGUGAGAAGUGAUGCUAAGUCUACUGGUGACCUGAAUCCCGACCAACACAACCCUGCCAACCCAUGCUCUCCUAUACAGGUAAUGUUAGAAGAAACACUAGUCAAAGAGGAGAUAAUGGACCACCUCCCUGAAGACAAAGAUAGCUUAUUGGGCUCCGGGAUGGACUACGGCUCCAUGACGUCGGAUGGUAGGCUAGAGAACUCCAGUAGUGAUGGAGGCACACAAGAGCACCAACUACUGAGUGCCAAGUAUGAGCAGCAGUCCCUUGCCCCCUCCCAGACCCACCACCUACCUGAAGCGGUCGUGGAGGCGCUUGCUGGGCCCUCUGGUAUGCAAGGGUGGCUGGGCGGCGGCGGUGACAUGAGCGGGACGUUCUCCGGUGUAGACAGUUACGGCGGUGACGGGCGACACCAAGACCUGCGGCAGCCUCUUCCCACACAGCAGCCUCAGGCACACCAAAUGGUGGGGCUGGACAGAGGUGGCUGCCAGGCUCCUGAAGACUCAAGCUUGUGCAUGGGCAAGAGUUUAAGCCCCUCGAGGAAAAUGCUUCAUUGCACAUACUGCUUCUACACCACUAACUUUAAGGCAAAUUUGAACCGACACAUUCGGACCCACACGGGAGAGAAGCCCUUCUCCUGCACUCACUGCUCCUACCGCACCACCACCAAGCCCAACCUGAUGACACACAUUCGGACUCACACGGGGGAAAAGCCCUUUGCCUGUACCUUCUGUCCCUAUAGAGCAGUGCAGAAAGUGACGCUCAAACACCACAUCUUGGCCAAUCAUGGAAGAAAACAGUGAAACCACACUAGAAAAUUAACUUAAGAAUUUAGUAAACAGUGUGGUGUUGUUUACUUUUGACCUUACAACCUUGUCAAGCUGUCUCUGUGAUGCAGAUGACUCUGGUCUCUGAUUAAUGACUUUUCCUGGUGCAAAGCAUAUACUGUAUGUAUUGUGAAAGUGAUAACACACAUUCCCAUGUUUUGUGCCUUGUAAGAUGCACCGUUUAUGUUUUCCUUCUUAAAUCACUCAAGCAUCCCAAUGUACCUUCCAUGACUUAGCACGUUACCCGCGUUACGGCAACACCAACACCCCUCCAGUGUGUCAACCUUUACAAUACUCUCACACCAGUCCCAGUGAAGCUAUGAGGAAGAAAACUCGUAUGUUCCUUCUUUGUACCCCAACAACUUGUACGCUUUCGUAUAAGUGAUGUCUCACUGGUGACCCAACACGCUGUAUCAUAAUAUUUUCUUCUGUGGCGAACUGGGCCACUGGUGUACAACUUGCACGUUGCUCCACCAGUGACCCAACUCACCAUUCUGGAGGUUUUUGUUCCUCUUUUGCAUCUUGUGCCACUUGUGUACUACUUGAUUUUAAGUAAGUGAAUGACAAGUUCUUCUCUAUCACACUUUUUCAAUUAGUUAUGAAUAAAAUUAAUUGCAUUUGAUAUGGAAAUGCUUCACAGUGAUCUUAUUUUCAUUAUAGUAAUUUGUUGACAUUUUUAUGUAUUUUUGUGUGCAGAAGAUGGAACCCUUGCCAUUCUAUGAUAGUUGUACUGAAGAAGAUUUUGAUGAAGAUUUAAUUCCCUCCAAUGUGAGUGAAUCAAGCAGCAGUGAAGAAAGUGAUGAAUCGAGAGAGACAGAAGAUAAUGGAACAGAUGAAGCAGAAACAGAGACAGAUGAUGGAGGAAAUGAAACAGAAGAAACAGAUGAUGAUUUUGCACCUGCCAGUAGUCUUGCACCUGUAGAGAGGUGGGGGCCUGUUUCCUCCAAACAACGUAGCCAUGCCUUCAGUGGUAAAGAAGAGCUCAUUAUUUUCUCUCAAGUAAACUCGGUCACAGGAAAACCAGAGCCUAUUGAUAUGUUUAAAUUAUUCAUAACUGAUGUUCUUUUGAACACAAUAGUUACUCAGACAAAUACAUAUGCUCAACAAAAAAUAAAUGCAACACCUCUGACAAGGAGGUCAAGGCUUGUAUCAUGGAAACGCACUACAAAAGAAGUGAAGAAAUUCAUUGGUGUAAUCAUAUAUAUGGGAAUUGUUGGUAUGCCAGAAAUUUCAUCCUAUUGGAGCAAAAACAAGUUGUAUGCUGACUCUUACGUUAGCAGUGUGAUGACCAGAGAGAGGUUUGAAAUUCUUCUUAGGUGUAUAUAUUUCAGUGAUAAUACGGAUGUUGAUGAUCCACCUGAUCCAUUGUUCAAAUUGAAACCUUUAGCCACUGCUAUUAGAGACCAAUGCCAAGCUGUUUACAAGCCAGGACCCAUGUUUGUGAUUGAUGAGUAUGAUUCCCUUCAGAGAGAGAGCUAGUGUUAGGCAGUAUCUUUGUGAGAAAGCACAUAAGUAUGGCUUCAAGUUAUACAAGAUAUGUACUCCUAGUGGUUAUACAUGGAAUUUCAAAAUUCAUUCAGGCAGUAAAAAAAAAAAAAAAUAUCAGGAACUAAAUGCCACAGAAAGCAUAACAGUUGAACUUUGUGAAGAAUUAUUAGACUAGGGUGGCACUCUUGAUGCUGAUAACUAUUAUUGUUCAGUGACACUAGCAGAGUACCUACUGAAUAAGAAGACCUACCUCUGUGGAACCCUAAAGGAUUCCAGGAAAUACCUUCCCAAUGAAGGUAUUGAAAGUAAACUAAGGAAGAAUAAAAUGAAAGGACAGGAGAACAGCAAGGGGGUAAAAGUUUUCAAAUGGGGAAAAAAAAAAAUUACCUAUUUCAACUCUGCCUGAACAUAGUGAUGUUUUAAGGUGCGUCCACACGAUCGAACAAUGUUCAAAGGACAAAAUCGAUACCAUAUCACAGGAGAAGCAGGAUGACGUCAUAAGCGGUGAAACGAUGGAAGUGGAUCUGGCAACAAGCAGUGGUACCAGUUGAGGUUGUUUACCACCGUUUCAACUCUGCUCACAGGGCAAAGACCGGUGGACAGUGUUCGAAAGUGAUGUCCGUUGGUAACUCAGGCAUUUAAGUCAGUGUGUGGCCUUGGACGACUGGUGCAGUACAUCACUACCAUGGUACACAAGACAAAAAACAAGGCCAAAAAAAUUGCACUAUGCAGCAUGAGCCUUUCCUCUUUCCACUGGUAAUUGGUAACAAUUUUGUCCGUCGAACAUUGUUCGAUCGUGUGGACGCACCUUUAGUUCCUAGUGGCAAGAAGAACAGAAAUAAAGAAGAGGUUUUCAAACCAGAAAGUGUAAUGGCAUAUAACAAGGCAAAGGAAGGUGUGGAUGUCUCUGACCAGUACACAUCCUACUACAGUCCUCUGAGAAAAAUAAAAAAAUGGUACAGAAAGUUGGCCUUAGAACUGAUUACUGGAUUAUCAGUAGUAAAUGCUUGGGUUCUUCACCGUCAAUACUUCCCAAGGAAUAAGAUGAGUCGGCUGCAAUUUCGAGAGGCUUUAGUGUGUUCCUUCAUUGGAGAUGAAGCUGAGAACAGUAGGCCUGGGAAGAAGAAGUCUUCAUGUACUGACUGAGAAGGAUGGACCUAAGAGAGAGACAAGAAAAAGCUGUCGUGGCUGUUAUGAAAAGAUCACUCUCUCUGAAGGAUUCAAGGUAGCAAGUAACAAAGCCAGAAGAGUAAACACAUUCUGUUCUGAGUGUGAAGGUCAGCCACACCUAUGUAUUACAUGUUUUGCCGAAAAGCACACUGCAUAAGUUUCAUGUAAACAAUCCUUUCUUUUCAUUAUAAGGAACACAAUGUUAUGCAGUAUGCAACUGUAUUCAGUAUCAUUGUUUUGUGAAGCUGCAUUAUUUUGGUAAUUACUUGAAUGAUUUCAGUGUAGUAUGCAUCAUAUGCAUUUUUCAGGAAAUUUCAGGUUUAUUUCUUUAAAAAAAGUUAAUUUUAGUGUAGGGCUGAACGAUUCCAAAGUAUAUGAGUAUGUGUGUGGUAUUGUUCAAAGGAGUUACACAAUCAUAACAAUUUUCAAAUUCAUAUAAGUAAUUACAUUGCAUUUUUUCAUGUAUAUUUUGUAUCAGUAUAAUGGUUUUCAAUUUUAUCAUUCCAAUUCCAGAAACAAAUUCAAUUACAUUUUAUUGUGUUUAUUUUCACUUAUUCAUGUCCCUUGCUAAUGUAUGAAAGCCAAAAACAUGGCCAAUCUAUGUAUUCAAAAGAAAAAAACCCAUUAAAUAUACUUUCUUUUUGGCUGAUCUUUGCACCACCGGCAAUACACCAGCUCCCAAUAAGGGAGUUAGUGGUACACGUGUGGGCCAAGACGCUGGUAAUGUGUUAAAUGACAACUUGGUGUUGUUUUUAAUUUCUUACUAGUUCAAAGUGUUUGAUACAAAUUAGUGAUGUCAUCAUGGUGUAUAAGAAUAAUUUAUCCAAGUGAUGUUGGUGCACCAUGGUGCCCUUCAGUAUUAUUGAGUCUGCCUCACACUGUGCGUGGUCAGCCUAUCAAUACACACUUCAGCCUCCACUGUUUAUUUUUGUAAAAGUACCAAUUUCACUAUUGUGCAAAAGUUACUCUUGAAUUGUGAGUAGAGUAGUGCAGUGCAGGGCCAGUGGCUGGUGCUGGAGAGUAGUGAAGGCUGAGGAGGACGUGGUGUGUGGGUGGAAACACAGCCAGUAUUGAAUUGUUUUGUUAGUGUUGCUUAAUGUUUAGUGUUGAAUUUGAUACAGGUUUUAUAAUUGCCUUAAAAAAAAUCUGGGGUGUUUUCCUUAAUCAAUCAUUUUACACGGCACAAAAUAAUGUAUUAGUCAGUGAAACUUGCUCCUUCUUGUGGAGGUGGAGGUGGAGGCAGGCCUUGGAGUGAAGGAGAGUAUUGAGGUGGACGUUGGUGCGUCAUUGAAGUACAGUACCUUUAUUUUGGUGUAUUAGUGAUUGAUGAUCACAACAAAAGUAUCAUCUUGUCAGCAUUAUUUUCUUGUGAAUAGUCCUGUAAAGAAUUACUUCAUAGAUAAAACAACCUACCAUUGUAAUUAUUUCCUGAGUUUGGCCAUUAAAAGAUGAUAAAAGAA